AAAACUUUUUUGUAUCGAAGGAAUCAACAGCCGCCAUCUUGUCGUGGCUCGGAAUUAGGAUUUCGGUCCAACACUGGGUUUUACGUAGAAAAACGAGCAUCCUUACCGCGAUAUGACAGCGUCCUUCACCUGAAAACAAAAUCUUAACAUCGCCUCGGAGACAUUUCGUGCGAAAAAACGGGAAUUGGAUCGGUGGUCGUCGGGCAAAAAAGCUCCGUAUAUCUGAUUUCCCCUUCAGAGUGCGGCGAUUCAGCCCCUGACGCCGUUCAGGAGCAGUAUUGUUUACCGUUGGCAAGCGGAGACCAGAUCGUGACUUUCGAGGUGAUUUGCAAAAAUCCAGCAUUUUUAUGCAAUUGCGUAUUUUUGUGGAGCUUCGCGCGAUUUUUGCAUGAAGAAAUUUGACGUCACGCAAAAUGGGUACUUCGAACACCUAGAAAUUACGACCUUUUCCCCUGACUGCAGCAGUCCACCUGAUUUUACUGGAUUGUCAUUUUGAAGUUCGAGUUGUACAUGGGGAAUAUUUUAUUUUGGGUUAUUUAACGAUAAUAAUGUGGGUGUUGGGUGUUGGAUUAUCAUGGGGUGAAUGGCGGUGGCGAAGCGGGGCGCUAUUGCAUCUCUUUUGAAAGACACGGACUCUCACAGUAAGGAGUAGCUAACGCUAACAGUUAACUUAGCUGGUAGCAGGCAAUUAGCUAGCUAUUAGCCAGUUAGCUAACGUUAGCGGGCUGCCAGUUUGCUAAUGUGUUAACUGGCAAGGUUCGGGUUGAUAAAAACAACUUCCCUGCCAUAAUCAUCAUAAUCAACUUUUGAGCAAUCAGCCGGACAAGAGAACAACUAGCUAUGGCUGAUAACCUGCUGGACGUCGGACCUCCCAACUCUAAGCGGCCGAAGCUGAAUUCACCUGCCCUGUCAGCGUCUGAAGAGCUGGGGUCACUAUCCUGGGAUGAUCUGGAGAACGACCUUCCAGAUGAGUUGAUCCCUAAUGGAGAUCUGAGUCUGAUGGGUGGGAUGCCUUCAAACGUUGGUGCAGCACCAGGAGCUGGUGGGCCAGGUGGCACCCCUGUUGUACCGGAUGCAGCCGCUAAGCACAAGCAGCUCUCAGAGCUCCUUCGAGCAGGUAGCACCUCCAGUGUCACAGGUUCAGGGCUGAACUCAGCUAGCCCUCAGCCAGGUGGUAUUGGGCCUCAGCUGGGCACACCACUCAGAAAGAGCCCCCUUGGCCAGGGUUCCCCCAACAACCACCCAUCCCCCCAGGCCCAAAAAGCAGGAACACCAACUGGAGUAGCAGGACAGAACAACAACAAUAAUACUGCAACAGCAGGCUUCAACCAGGCUAUGAUUAACAAUAGCCAGGGCCAUGCUGGGCUCCUGGCCCAGGGAGGGCAGUCCCAACCUGGGCAUGUGAUGAAUGGUGGUCUCGUACCUGAAGCUGGGAGAGGACGAGGAGCAGGGGUGGCGGGCCUGCAGUACCAGGGACAGACAAUGCAGGGUGCUGCUCCAGGACCAGGAGGAGCAGGGAGUGCGUUGGCGGAAACAUUCACCCAGGGAGGGCAGCAGAUGGGGGCUCACACCACCCUCGGUGCAGCCCAGCAGGCAGGAAACAUGAACAAGAUGGGCCUGGGCAGUAAUGGGGCUCCUUUUGGGGCCCAGCCCUACGGUCAGGGUGCCAUGGGGCCCAGCCAGCAGCUAAACCCUCAGCAGCAGCUCCAGAACAAGGCUUCUCUUGCCAACAGCCUGUCACCCUUCCCCAAUGAGCUCAAAGGGGCCACUGUCACUAGCGUGCCAAACAUGCAGCCUCAGCAGCAGGCGGCAAUGCUCCAACUGGCCGGCGGUGGAGGUGUGGCUGUGCCUUCGGCAGGCCCCACAGCCGACCCAGAGAAGCGCAAGCUGAUCCAGCAGCAGCUGGUCUUGCUGCUUCACGCACACAAGUGCCAGCGACGGGAGCAGGCCAACGGCGAGGUGAGGGCCUGCGCCCUGCCUCACUGCCGCACCAUGAAGAACGUCCUCAACCACAUGACCCACUGCCAGGCUGGCAAGUCCUGCCAGGUGGCUCACUGUGCGUCGUCCAGGCAGAUCAUCUCCCACUGGAAAAAUUGCACACGACACGACUGUCCUGUCUGCCUUCCGCUGAAGAACGCCAGUGACAAGCGCACCCAGCAGCCAAUGCUGAGCUCCCCCAAUACGGGCCUCCAGAAUCCUAUGUCCUCAGUUGGUGUGGGUCAGCCCAGUGCUCCCACCAUCAAUACCUCAGCCCCCAUAGACCCCAGCUCCAUGCAGCGAGCCUACGAGGCACUUGGGCUGCCCUACAGCAGCCAGACCACUAGGCAGGCCCGGGGGGCCCCAGGACAGACUGCAGGUGCACAGAACGCCCAGCAACAACAGCUUCCGCAGCAGAUGAGACCCAUCAAUGCACUUGAACGCCAGAUGGUUCUUGGAGGUGCGACACUGGGCGUGAUUACUUCAGAACAGACAAACCUGCACACGGACUCCCUACCCAACGCACUCAACACUAACAAUCAGCUGCUGUCAGACGGGUCCACUGUGGGCUCAAUGGGCAACCUACCAACAGCAGCACCCAUCUCUGCCACAGGCACCAGGAAAGCGUGGCACGAGCAUGUCACUCAAGACCUGCGCAAUCACCUCGUACACAAACUAGUACAAGCCAUAUUCCCUACCCCUGACCCGGCAGCUUUGAAGGACAGACGAAUGGAGAACCUGGUGGCCUACGCCAGAAAGGUGGAGGGGGACAUGUACGAGUCAGCUAACAGCCGGGUAGGUUUCCUGAAACGGGCCUCAACGAGGAAUUACUCACCUUUUCCAGGCCACAUGUAUAUGUGUAUCAUGAUGGGUAUGUCUCCCUCCAGGAUGCCCCAGGCCCAGGGCAUGAUGGCCGGACAUGGUGGUGGUAACAUGGUAGGCCAGACGGCCAGCCAGGGACAGUUUCUGCCUCAGACCCAGUUUCCUCCAGGAUCAACUGCUGGUGCUGCAACGGGUGCCAUGAAUGUCACUGGCAUGGGCCAGCCCCCUGCCCAGGCUGCCGUCACCCAGCAGCAGCAGCAGAGCGCUAACCUCCCCAUCAAUGCACUUGGCCCCUCGCUGGGCCCUCAGCUAGCCUCCUCCCAAACCCCCUUGCACACCACGCCUCCGCCUGCUGCCUCCUCCGCCUCCACGGCUGGGGGGGCCACUAACCUGCCGCAUCCCCAGCCCUCCAGCCGCAGCUCCACCCCCACCCUCCCUGGCCCUGUCCCUGCCCGGGGUGCCACCCCACCCCGCCCCACCCAGCCCCAAUCCCAGGCGGAGCUCCCUGCAGCAGCACAGACGCAGCCCCCGCCGCAGCCCCUGCCUCAGCCCCCUACCACGCCGCUGUCUCAACCAGGGGCGAGUCUGGAUAACCGGGUGCCCACGCCGGCCUCAGCUGCCAGCGCUGACUUGCACUCGCAGCAUAUCGGAGCAGACCUGCCUGUCCAGGAGGUCAAAGCAGAGGCACACCAUGACCAACAAGAGUUUGAGGCUGCUGGCGGCAAAACUGAGCCCAAGAUGGAGACUGAGAAAGACUUUGCUUCAGCGGUGGUGGUGAAGAAGGAGGAGCCAGAGGAAAAGCCGGAGCCAAUGGAGGUGGAGGAGAAAAAGCCAGAAAUGAAGGCAGAACCAAAAGAAGAGGAAGAGGGUGGAGCCAACGGCACAACCUCCUCAUCCCCCUCUCAGUCACGGAGGAAAAUCUUUAAGCCCGAGGAGUUGCGCCAGGCUCUGAUGCCGACUUUGGAGUCUCUCUACAGGCAGGACCCCGAGUCGCUGCCCUUCAGACAACCAGUAGACCCUAUGCUUCUGGGUAUCCCUGACUACUUUGACAUUGUUAAGAACCCAAUAGACCUGUCCACAAUAAAGCGCAAGCUUGACACGGGCCAAUACCAAGAGCCCUGGCAAUACGUUGACGAUGUCUGGCUGAUGUUCAACAACGCCUGGCUCUACAACCGCAAGACAUCCCGUGUCUACAAGUACUGCUCCAAGCUGGCCGAGGUUUUUGAGUCGGAGAUUGACCCUGUCAUGCAGGGCCUGGGAUACUGCUGCGGCAGGAAGUACGAGUUUUCCCCUCAAACCCUCUGUUGCUAUGGAAAGCAGCUCUGCACCAUACCUACUGGAGGCACAUAUUACAGUUACCAGAACAGGUACCAUUUCUGUGAGAAGUGCUUCAACGAGAUCCAGGGGGAGAGUGUGACGUUAGGAGAUGAUCCUGCACAGCCACAGACGAUGAUUUCAAAAGACCAGUUCGAACGGAAGAAGAACGAUGUACUUGACCCUGAACCGUUUGUUGAAUGUAAAGAUUGUGGAAGGAAGAUGCACCAGAUAUGCGUCUUACACUACGAGGUCAUUUGGCCAUCUGGAUUCAUCUGUGACAAUUGUUUAAAGAAGAGUGCAAAAACACGGAAGGAAAACAAGUUCUCUGCAAAACGGCUGCAAUCGACACGAUUGGGAAUGUACAUAGAGGACCGUGUGAAUAAAUACUUGAAGAGACAGAACCACCCAGAGGCCGGAGAGGUGUUUGUGCGAGUGGUGGCAAGCUCCGACAAAACGGUGGAAGUUAAACCAGGCAUGAAAGCCAGGUUUGUGGACACGGGUGAAAUGCCCGAGACCUUUCCCUACAGAACCAAAGCACUUUUUGCCUUUGAGGAGAUUGAUGGCGUGGACGUGUGCUUCUUUGGCAUGCACGUGCAGGAGUACGGCUCUGAGUGCGCAUUCCCCAACACUAGACGGGUCUACAUAUCAUACCUUGACAGUAUUCACUUCUUCAGACCUCGGAUUCUACGAACCGCAGUGUACCACGAGAUCCUCAUCGGCUAUCUAGAAUAUGUCAAGAAACUUGGGUAUACCCAGGGCCACAUCUGGGCAUGUCCGCCGAGUGAAGGAGACGACUACAUCUUCCACUGCCAUCCUCCUGACCAGAAGAUCCCCAAGCCUAAGAGGCUGCAGGAGUGGUACAGAAAGAUGCUGGACAAGGCCUUUGCCGAGAGGAUUCUGCAUGACUACAAGGACAUCUGCAAACAGGCGACCGAGGACCGUCUGACCAGCGCUAAUGAGCUGCCGUACUUUGAAGGCGACUUCUGGCCCAACGUGCUGGAGGAGAGCAUCAAGGAGCUGGAGCAGGAGGAGGAGGAGAGGAAGAAGGAGGAGAACACCGCUGCCUCUGAAACUCCCGAGGGUACACCAGGUGACAGCAAAAACGCUAAGAAGAAGAACAACAAGAAGACCAGUAAAAACAAGAGCAGCGUGAGCCGAGCCAAUAAGAAGAAGCCUGGGAUGCCGAAUGUAGCCAAUGAUCUGUCCCAGAAGCUAUACGCCACCAUGGAGAAGCACAAAGAGGUGUUCUUUGUGAUCCACCUCCACUCCGGUCCCAUGGCCAACACCCUGCCGCCCAUCGUUGACCCUGACCCCAUGCUCUCCUGUGACCUGAUGGAUGGCCGCGAUGCCUUCCUGACUCUGGCCAGGGACAAACACUGGGAGUUCAGCUCCCUCAGGAGGUGCAAGUGGAGCACCAUGUGCAUGCUGGUUGAGCUGCACAACCAGGGACAGGACCGCUUUGUCUACACUUGCAAUGAGUGCAAACACCAUGUGGAGACACGCUGGCACUGUACUGUGUGCGAGGACUUUGAUCUGUGCAUUAAUUGCUAUAACGUGAAGGGCCACGAGCACCAGAUGGUGAAAUGGGGCCUUGGCCUUGACGACGACAGCAACGGCCAGAGUGGAGAGGCCUCCAAGAGCCCACAGGAGAGCCGGCGCUUAAGUAUCCAACGCUGCAUCCAGUCCCUGGUCCACGCUUGUCAGUGUCGCAAUGCCAACUGCUCUCUGCCGUCCUGCCAGAAGAUGAAGCGAGUGGUGCAGCACACCAAGGGCUGCAAGCGCAAAACCAACGGGGGCUGCCCUGUAUGCAAGCAACUUAUCGCUUUGUGCUGUUACCACGCAAAGCACUGUCAGGAGAACAAGUGUCCUGUCCCGUUCUGCCUGAACAUCAAGCACAAGCUUCGCCAGCAGCAGCUGCAGCACAGGCUCCAGCAGGCCCAGCUGAUGAGGAGAAGAAUGGCCACCAUGCAAGGCAGAACCAUGCCGCUACCGUCCCCACCGCCCUCAGCUGCUCCCAGCACUCCCACUUCUCAUGCCCAGCCGAACACUCCUCAGACGCCCCAGCUGCCGCUCUCCAACCAGCCGCAGACCCCCAACUCAGCAGGCGUCAUGUCCCCCUCUUUUCCCAACGCACCUCGCAAUGGCCAGCCUCAAACACCAGUGUCCCAGGGCAAGCCCGGGCCCCAGGCUUCCCCCCUACACCAGCAGCAGUCGCCUCUCCCCCAGCCGCCCCAGCCACCUCAGCAGCUACAGCAGCAGCCUCCCCUUGCUGCAGUCAAGAUGGCACGCCACAUCGAGAUGAUGGCACAGGCCCAGCAGAACCAGCAGAACUACCGGGUCAACAUGAACGGCUUACCCAUGAACCCCCAGCAGCCACAGCAGCGUAUGACCGGACCAAUGCAGCCACCCAUGCAGAUGGUGCCAGGGCCCCGGGGACCACAGGUCAUGCAACCGGGCAUGCCCCAAGGUCAGUGGUCUGGAGCUGCAGGGCCGAUGCUGGCAGCUCAGACUCAACAACCAGGCCUUGUCCCAGGCCAGACCCCACAGCAGGCCAUGACCAUGCAGCGAGCCAUGAUGGCCCCAGGGCAGCAACCUCAGCAGGGCCAGAGGCUGCUGAUUCCACAGCAGCCUGGUGCCCGGCCACAAACACCCCAGAGACCUGGGGCUAUUGCACCCAACGCCCUGCAGGACCUCCUCCGCACCCUCAAAUCUCCCAGCUCGCCCCAGCAGCAGCAGCAAGUCCUCAACAUCCUCAAAUCAAACCCUCAGUUAAUGGCCGCUUUCAUCAAACAGCGAACAGCCAAGUACCAUGCCAACCAGCCGCAGCAAGCAGGUCAGCAACCGCAACCCGGCAUGCCAACAAUGCAGGCCAUGUCCAUGCCAGGGGGCGCGGUGCAGAGGCCGGGGAUGCCCCCACAGCAGCCUCAGCAGCCGCCUGUGCAGGGCAUGGCUGCAUUGGGGGCUCAAGGGCAGCUGAUAAACGCAGCACACAACACCAACCCCCAGAUCCAGGAGCUCUACCGUCGGCAGCUCUUAAGACAGCAGCAGCAGCAGCAGCAACAACAACAACAACAACAGCAACAGCAGCAGCAGCAGCAGCAACAGGGGGUGAUGCCUCAGGGCCAUCCUGGCCAGUUCCCUGCUCAGACGCAGGGUACAGCAGCAACGUACUCCCAGCUUCGCAUGCAGCAGCAGCAGCAGCAGAUAGCCAUGCAGGCAGGUUCAGGAGCCACUGGAGGACCCAUGGGCCAGCUCCCACCCAUGGCUCAGAUGGCCCAGCCCGGCAUGGGGAUGGACUCCACCAAGAACUUGCUGCAUCAACGAAUGCUCCAACAGCAGCAGCAACUUCCCCAGCAGCAGCAGGCCGUCCUCAAGCAGCAGAUGGGCUCUCCUGCCCAGCCCAGCCCCAUGAGCCCCCAGGCCCACCUGCUGGCCGGCCAGCCCCAGGGUGGAGCCCACCUCCCCGGCCAGCCCACACUAGCAAAUGCCCUCAGCAACCAGGUCCGCUCCCCAGCGCCAGUCCAGUCCCCCUGUAUGCCCUCGCAACAGCAGCCCCAGCAGCAGCGACCACAUUCCAGUCCCUCGCCGCAGGUCCAGAACCAGCCCCAGCCCUCGCCGCAGCACCCACACCCACCCCACUCGGGUUCCCCCCACCCGGGACUCGGGGGCCCGCUGUCAGGGUCCAUGGAGCAGGGACAUUUGGGGACACCAGAACAAAGCGCCAUGCUCCCGCAGCUUAACACGCCCAACAGAGGGGGGCUGAACAGUGACUUGGGGAUGGUGGGAGAUGCUACAGGGGACACUCUGGAGAAGUUUGUGGAAGGAUUGUAGCAUUUCUGCUUGGAACUAAAGAACACAAUCUGUCUCCCAGAGACCCAUCCUCCCACCUCUCUUCCUCCUAGUUUCCCCUCGGAGUCUUUAUCCCAUUAGAGGACUUUGUUUUGUUUUUUUGUACUGACAUGUAAAAAGUUUCAACUGUUGUAAAAAGAAAAAAAGAAACUGGUUGAAAAAACAAAAAUAAAAAAGUCAACACUUAUAGGGAAUGUAAUUGUUUCCUAAAAGUUGAUUCGUAAAUGAAAUUUAAAUCACAAAGAAUAUAUUUUUUGGUUGAGACCAAAUGUGUUCAAUACUCAAUUUAUUUUUGGUUUGUUUUUGGAAUGGGUUCAUGCCUUUUUCGUUCCUUUUUUUUUCUCAAAGAAAAUGUACAAUUGCAUUAUAUUAUUCAUAUCUUUUUAUUUUGUACCUUUGGAAAAGAAACUUAAAGCAUUUUGUGUUGAAACUGUAAAAUAAUUUGUGUGGGAAUUGGGCCAGGUUUUCGUUCUCUUCUCAAGCUGUCAUUCCUGGCUGUCAUUGUAAUCUAGUGUUGUACUGGUUGUACUAUUACUCCAAGACGAUGCGUUCAGGGACUGUUCCCCUCCUCUUUGUGUGUAUGAAGAGCACUCAGUUGUAUUGAAAAUAGGAAAUGGACUGCGGCAGUUGUGUAUACACAGGCAUGUAUACAGAAACACAUGAAGACACUGACACAAACCCUCACAGUCACUAAAGUAAUUACAGCUCCGACUGGUUUCACAAACACAGACACCAAGGACCGCAACCUACAUCUCUGUGGCCUGGAAUUUGGAAAAUCCGUCUUGCGGGUGUAGAACAUUGUUGCUUUGACAUUAAAAAGAAUUUGUCAUACAUUUUUUGUCAUACAAAUGUUGUAAAGUGUAAAGAGUGUGAAAAAGAGACCAGCCCCCUAAGCUGAGGUGGAAUGAUCACCGGUUGUUUGUAGGCCACAUCUCUGAUGGCGCCCCAUCCUCUACAUUUUACACUAAGCUGUGUGCUAUCUAGGGAUGAAGGGCACAUUUGAGAUUCACCCUGAGGGAAAACUAAAGGUUAUCAACCCUCAUUCCUCUGUCACAAAAACUUGAAUUGGGGGGGGGGGGGAUUUACUUUUUCUCCUAUUGUAAAUCAAGUUAUUAAGCAAAAUACUAUAAAUAUAAGGAAGAGAGAAUGACAUCACUGUAUAAACUGGUUAAAAGACUCAUUUCUUACUUAUAUACCAUAUUGUUAAAUAAACUGUGCAGCAGAAGAACUCCAGUACUCUGUUGACUAAAUAAUGA